UCUGCCACACGUUGCUUUACCCUCCAUCCAUUUAUCCCAGUGGAAAACUUCCCAGCAGCGAAAAAAAGAAGACUAUUGCUUUUUUUGGUGGGGGUAAUUGAGCCACAAUGGAUUUGCAGCUGAACGGAAGAUGGAUGAGUUAAUGUAGCUGCAAGCGUCUGAUGGUGGUCUGAAGGGAUAGUCUAAAAGCAAAAUGGAUCUGUGAGUUUCUUUCAUUGUCUACACACUAUGGUUCUUGAGAGUGCCGUCACCAUGAGUUUGAUGGACAUCUCCAAGAUCUUCUCUCUGCUCCAGCCCAAAGAGGACGAGGAGGAUGAGAGCAAUAUGCUCACGCAGGCCGUCACCGGCGAUGAUGACCGCCUGUUGGCCGAGCUGCUCGGCGAGGAGCGUUUCCGCCGUUGCAUCAACAGCCGCAGCGGCUGGGGCAUCCCGGGCACGCCGCUCCGUACGGCUGCCGCGCUGGGUCACCUGCGCUGCCUGGAGGUGCUGCUGACCCACGGUGCAGAGGUGGACAGCCUGGACGUCAAGGCCCAGACGCCGCUCUUCACAGCGGUCAGCGGCAAACACCUGGACUGUGUAACGGCCUUACUCAAGGCCGGCGCCGACCCCAACGGCAGCCAGUACAACAACUGCUCGCCGGUGCUGACCGCCGCGCGGGAGGGCGACGUGGACAUCCUGCGCGAGCUGCUGGACGCAGGGGCGGAGGUGGACGUGCGGCCCAAAGUGCCCGACUGGGCGUCCAACGCCACGGCGUGCCGCGGGCCACUCUACAUCUCGGCCGUCUACGGCCACCUGGACUGCUUCAAGCUGCUGCUGCUGCACGGCGCCAACCCGGACUUCAACUGCACGGAGGCCAAGAUGCUGGCCCGCAUCAAGCAGCCCAAGACCGUGCUGGAGAUGUGCUUGCGCUACGGCUGCGGGGUGGAGUACGUGCAGCUGCUCAUCGAGUUCGGAGCCAACGUCUACCUGCCCACGCUCAUCAUUGACAAGACCACCAAGCAGAACGAGGCCGUAGGGAUCCUGCUCGCUGCCAGAGUUUGUCCUUGCACCUUGAUGUCACAGUCUCGCCUUGCUGUUCGAAACUACCUCCCAAAAGCAAAUAAAAUGAGUGCCAUUGAUCAACUGGAUAUCCCCCCGAUUCUACGGAACUAUUUGAAGCAUGUCACUUGAGAUGAUCUCACUAGGUCUGAAAGGACAAAGAUGAAUGGAGAAUCACAGGGUCGCUCUGCGGAUAUUAUGUUUGAUGUCUAAUUGUGAGUUUUUGUAUGGGAUAAGACAGGACUGAUAAGCAAAGCCGUUUUUUUUUUUUUU